CGCAAUAGUCAUGAGGAAUUUCACCUGCCCUUCACCAUAGUUGGCUGAUAGCACAGCACAUGGACCUGUGAACCAAACCUCUUUGUAUUGGGACAGGAUGCAAUGGCAUUUAAUUUACAACUGUGAUUUAAUUGUUCUUCUAGGUGAUUUAUCACAAAUGGAAUUUUGCCAAAAACAAAUUCCUGUAUUUUGAACAUUUUAUUCUGCAGUAGGCAGCAGUUAUCUGAUAUCAACGUAGUCACGUGGUCAGCCUUUUAGUUAGUCAACGAUUAGUUCAUUGGUUUAUUUUAACCUUUGUACACUUUAUUGAUUUGGUUGGUUUCAUUGGCUGAAAACGGUUUCUGCAUCUGGCAACCACCACCGCGGACGCAUUUAGAGUGGGGCCCUUCCUGGUUACAAGGACAAAUUAAGUUCUUUCGAUUUUAAUGAGGAUUUUAUUUCGGAUUUAACUUUUGAAGGAUCCUCCAUUUUAACCUACUCGAUAUUUUUGAAGAUCCAUGUUCAACUUCACUUCAUAAUGUCUGACCUGGAGACGGACAACGCUGGGUUCAUGGAUUUUUCUUCGUUUCCAUGUCGCCUGCACUCAUUUCGUGGGUCCCCUUUGGCAGAGCAGGUGCCUCCAGAGAGGCUGGCUCGUGCUGGGUUCUACUUGAUGGGAGACAAAGUUCAGUGCUUCAGCUGCAAGAAGACCCUAGACAACUGGAGCAAGGGAGACCUACCUGUGGUGAGACAUAAAGAGAUUUCUCCGGGAUGUACGUUCAUUCGCUGCGUCUACCCUGACAGUUCCCUUCCAUCCAAUGGAGAGUACAAUGAAGAAAAGGAGGACCUUGAGUAUCGCUUGAGGACAGGGCAGGUGGUGGAUCAGACGACUUACCCAAAAGUGCCCCACAUGAGGAGUGAACAGGCCCGGCUCCAGACCUUCACACAGUGGCCCUCCACUUGCCCCGUCAGCCCCCCUGAUCUGGCCCAAGCCGGUUUCUUCUAUAUCAUGAGUAAUGAUCACGUACAGUGCUUCUGCUGCGGUGGUAGGAUCGGGGGCUGGGAGCCUGGAGACACCGCAUGGGGAGAGCAUGAAAGGCAUUACCCAAACUGCUUCUUCAUUCUGGGGCAUGAUGUUGGCAACAUACCCCUUCAGAGUGGUUCUCAGGAGAGAACAGAAAACAGAAACCACGUCUUUAUGGGCACAUUUGAGGACAGGCUUAAGAGCUUUCACGGCAUCCAGCAUGUCAUCAGCCACGAGCGUCUGGCCCAGGCUGGCCUUUACAGCACAGGCACAGGAGACGAUGUGAUGUGUUUUUCCUGCAAAGGGGGUCUGAGAGGAUGGCAACCUGAAGAAGACCCGUGGGAAGAGCAUGCCAAACACUUUCCAGGAUGCCGCUUCUUGUUGACAGAAAAGGGUCAAGAAUUUAUCAACAGCAUUCAGUUACAAGGCACAGCUGCAACAAGUCACCAGAAUGGAUUUUCGAAAAAUGACGAGGAUAACCCAACAGAGAGUACCACAGAAGAUGAGGACCCCCUGAAAAAGCUGGAGAAGCUGCAGAAGGAGAAACAGUGUAAGAUCUGCAUGGACCGGGAUAUUUCUAUUGUGUUCAUCCCAUGUGGUCACCUGGUCGCCUGCCAGCAGUGUGCCGGAGUGCUCAACAAGUGUCCCAUCUGCUGCGGCGCCAUAACACAAAAAGUCAAGACCUAUAUUGCUUAAAGAGUCCAUAUUAUGCUUUUCUGAUCAAUGUUAUCAUGUUUUUUUCUCAUCAAGAACAUACCUGAAGUUUUGUGUUGCUUAAUUCACACAUGUUUAACACAUAAACCUUGCAUAUUUAGGACACUUCUUCGCUCAUGCAGAAAACACUUUGUUGUACCUUGUAAUGUCAUGUGGUAAUACAGGAAGUGCUCUACUGUUUUUAAACUCCAUACACAUUCACUAGAAUCAUUUGGAUAAUUUCAGCCCUGGAAUUGUCAAUCUCUACUGAACAAAAGGUAAAAGAUAGCUGUUAACUUGAAAACUACCACUACAUGAUAUCACAAGAACAGAGCAUUUUGAGCUUUGGAGAUAUGGCCAGACGAAUAUUGUAGCACUGCUCAAAUAUGUGUGAAUUAAAACACAACUCCAGGUAUGUUUUGAUGAGGUAUCAACAUUUAUAACAUGACUUUAAGAUGAAAAGAGUCCAUUUUGCAAAAUAUAGGACCUUUUAAGCAAAUAACAAUCCUUGCACUUUAUUGCUGCUUUGUUAUAAUUUUAAUGGGGUAUAUUUUCAAGUAAUUGUAGAUGGACUGUAAUAUAUUUAAAUAUACUUAUUUGAUGUAGAAUAAUCAGGUGUAAAAAUAAGAAAAAACACUAUUUUUACAGUCAAUGAUACACUAAAUGUGUGUUAAUUUUGAGUUAAUGUAAAUAGCAAAAAUCGAUGAAUGAGGUCUUUUAUAACAACUGUAAAUGUGCCCAUGUCCCUUCUAUGUUCAGCAAGCCAUAGGUGCCUUUGGUUUUUAUUUAGCUCAAUAUAAAUAAUUUGAAACACAGUGUACAUUCUAUGUGUUGCUUUUUAUUUUCUCCUGUGUGUUCAUAAGCAUGUACUAAUACUUGGUGUAGGGAGUGCAAACUUUCAUUGUAGUCACUAACAAAAGUCAAGGGACAUUCCACUUUACAAAGUUAUGAUUUUAUUUUAUCAAUAAAAGUAACUGUGUCACAAA